GUCUGCGCGUGCGCAGAGCGAUUCGGUCAAGAUCCAACAUGGCGGCCUUUAGCGCUCGCUGGAUGACAGCUCUGACCCGUAGAGCUGCUGUAGGCGCUGUGACCGGUUGCAACAGUGCCGGGGCGGGGUCGCUACUGCUGAGGACGGGAGUUAGGGCAGCGUCUGGUCCUUCAAAGACUGACCUACCUGGACCAUACCCAAAGACUCCAGAGGAAUAUGCAGCAGCUGCCAAGAAAUACAAUAUGAGGGUAGAAGACUAUGAACCUUACCCAGAUGAUGGAAUGGGGUUUGGUGAUUAUCCAAAGCUCCCUGACAAGUCCCAGCAAGAACGGGAUCCUUGGUACUCAUGGGAUCAUUCAGACUUGAGGAGGAAUUGGGGAGAACCAAUGCAUUGGGACUUUGACAUGUUUAUCAGAAAUCGAGUUGACACAUCCCCCAGCCCUGUGCCCUGGAACAUCAUGUGUACCUACCUCUUUGGAUUUAUUGGCUUCAUGCUUUUCAUGUUCUGGGUUGGAGAAAAGUAUCCUAUAUACCCUCCUGUGGCUCCUAAACAGUAUCCUUACAAUAACCUGUACCUUGAGCGAGGAGGGGACCCUGCUAAAGAGCCUGAAGACGUAAAGAAUUAUGAGGUCUAAUGUUUGUUUUUUCAUGAUUUUGCCAGGGAUGGUUACUGUACAGAUGUUAACAAUAAAGAGUGGACUUAAACCUAUUAAAAAAAACAAAAAACCA